CAUCACUGCAGUGAACACCAACGACUUCCUCCUUUCAGUGCUAUAUUAGCUUCAGGAGGCGGGAUUGUUUUCUUUCCGGUGAAUUCAAGUUAAACAGGGAGACCUGCAACAAUUGACCCGCGCUUUAAAAUAAGCAUAAGGACCAGAGAGCUGUCAUCUGUGCUAGCAGUAGUGUUGUCAUGGCCUGCGCCUUCAACUAGUUGCAAACCCGCCGUCAUAAUACCGUGUUGAACUUCUGAGGAGCGGGCUGAACCGGGCCGAGAGGAGGAUCCGAACCUGGACGGAGCGCGGGAAGAGUGAGAUGAAAUGACAACGUCAACAUUGCAGAAAGCGAUUGAUCUUGUGACCAAAGCCACAGAAGAAGACAAGGCCAAGAACUAUGAAGAGGCUCUGCGCCUUUACCAGCACGCUGUGGAAUACUUCCUCCACGCCAUCAAAUAUGAGGCUCACAGCGACAAAGCGAAGGAAAGCAUACGAGCCAAGUGCAUGCAGUAUCUGGACAGAGCCGAGAAGCUGAAGGACUACUUGAAGAACAAAGAUAAACCGGGAAAGAAGCCAGUGAAGGAGGCUCAGAGCAAUGACAAGAGUGACAGUGACAGUGAAGGUGAAAACCCAGAGAAGAAGAAGCUGCAGGAGCAGCUAAUGGGUGCCAUUGUGAUGGAGAAGCCCAACGUGAGGUGGAACGACGUGGCAGGACUGGAGGGAGCCAAGGAGGCUCUGAAGGAAGCUGUCAUCCUGCCCAUCAAAUUCCCGCACCUCUUCACAGGCAAGAGGACUCCCUGGCGAGGAAUCCUUCUGUUUGGGCCUCCUGGUACUGGGAAGUCCUACCUGGCCAAGGCUGUGGCCACCGAGGCAAACAACUCCACCUUCUUCUCCGUGUCAUCCUCGGAUCUCAUGUCCAAGUGGCUGGGCGAGAGUGAGAAGCUGGUGAAGAACCUGUUCGACCUGGCCCGCACACACAAGCCCUCCAUCAUCUUCAUCGAUGAGGUCGACUCCCUGUGCGGCUCGAGGAACGAAAACGAGAGCGAGGCGGCACGGCGCAUCAAGACAGAGUUUCUGGUUCAGAUGCAGGGUGUGGGGAACAACAACAACGGGAUCCUGGUGCUGGGAGCCACCAACAUCCCCUGGGUACUGGACGCAGCUAUCCGCAGAAGGUUUGAGAAGCGGAUCUACAUCCCUCUGCCGGAGGAACCGGCCCGCGCCCAGAUGUUCCGACUGCAUCUGGGAAACACGCCACACAGCCUGAGCGACGGCGACCUGCGACAGCUGGCCCACAAGACGGACGGCUACUCCGGCGCCGACAUCAGCAUCAUCGUCCGGGACGCCCUGAUGCAGCCAGUCCGGAAGGUCCAGUCGGCGACGCACUUCAAAAGGGUUCGAGGUCCGUCCCGCGACAACAACCAGGUCAUGGUGGAUGACCUCUUGACCCCGUGUUCACCUGGUGACCCAGCAGCUGUGGAGAUGACCUGGAUGGACGUGCCGAGUGACAAACUACUGGAGCCUAUCGUCUGUAUGUCGGACAUGCUGCGCUCGCUCUCCACCACUCGCCCCACCGUCAACACCGAAGACUUGCUCAAAGUCAAGAAGUUCACAGAGGACUUUGGGAUGGAGGGCUGAGACUCGGAGCCCUCCCUCCACGACAUGCCCCCCUGCCCUCCUCCCCCCUCCACUGCACCUACUGUAGGCUUCCAUCUCCGCUGCGCUUGGGUCAUCGUGGAAUUCAAAAUACAAAGCUGGAGCGCUGGAACAUUAUCGAAGAGGAAGGCGGCCGCUCCGUGGAUACUGUAGAAUCAUGCUCUGGUAGAACCUCCGCCGUGACGUGCUAGAACAGACUCGUCAUCUCCGCUGCUGGCCACCAGGUCGCCUGAGGAGGAAGCGGGGCUCCUCAUGCAUGUCCCACUAUGACUGUGCUCCUUGUUGCCAUGCGUUCCAGAAGCGCGUGUGAGGACGAGUCUCCUGCCUGUGAGUGUGCGACGGUGUUUUUAUUACGUGUGUGUCUGUCCUUCAUGUGUGUCGAUUUACAUGGAUGGCCGCUGCCGUGUGCGUCGGAGCGCUCGCGUGUCAACGCUGUGGCUCAGACGUGCUCGACUGAUCUGCCUUUGAAUGUGACCAUCAGCCGUUGCUGGUCUGUGACACUAAACUGACGCCCAAACUCCUCUCCAAGUCCAGGAAGCAGAGUCUGCUCCUCUUGACUUUGGUUCAUUCACAUGUUUUACGUCUGCUGCACUGACUGGAAAGGUCACAUAACUGACUUCAAAAUGCUCCUUUGAACUGAUAUUCUUCAAUAUUUAGUUGGUGUCACUCAAAAGGGACAGUGCUCCCUCUGUUGGCCCGACUGAGCCCUUCAUCCAGUUCCAGUAUUAGAACCAGGACUGACCGCUUGAGAAACAUUUCUGAGGAAACCAGAAUCUGGGACCGUGAUGUUUUGUGAAGUGUUCUAUGACUGCGAUUGUAUUUAAGUCUAGAAGUUGCAUCGAUGUUGCUGCUUAAGCUGAGACUUUAUUUUGUAUUAUUCUGGCACCUAAGUUGUAUUUUCAUCUGGUCCGGGUCCAACUGGCCGGACACGCGGUCCACCUGUUGCUUGGCUGCCUCCUCAGAAUUUCCAACACAAGUGAAAGGCAGAAAUAUGAAGCGACAAAUUCGUGGCACGUUAACUUUAACCCAGUAUUUGGCCGAAACUGAAUCAGUCGGGCGACGGGUGCUGGGGUCAGUCGAGCACACCUGACCCACUCGUGCAUGUUCUUCCCCAGCAGCUAGUCUAACGUCACGCAGGAGCAGGUUUAGCGUCGCACGACUGAACACUACAACUGUAGCGACCCGCGAGUCAGAGUGUCGUCCAGUGACGUCUCUCCUGGCCACAGCUCUGAGAGUGUGUGUGUGUGUGUGUGUGUGUGUGUGUGUGAGUGUGUGUGACAUGCUGGCUCAGAGGGUGGGCAGGGGUUCUAAUCCGCUGCUGGUCAUGUUCAUCAUUACUAAUUUAAACUGAAUUAAAAAAAAGUCAACACAACAUGAUGGUUCUGAGGAAGUUUGAGUGUUAGGUGCGUGUUUGUGUGUCAGAAACCAAGUGGGAGGGGUCGGAGUCUCGUGUGAAUGCAAUAGAGAUGGUGUAUUGUCCUGUGACUGUGUAGAACCAGUGAGCCCAGUGACUAUGUCAGUGUCAUUCGUGUGCUCGUACGAUACCGUAACAAGUGAGUGAGUCUGUUGGGUGGACUGUAAUGCUGCUCCUGUGUGGGUCCAGCUGGUGUUGGUGAGGAAGUGAGCAGGUGUGUGUUGAGGUGUGCCGUAAUGUCAGACUGAGAGGGACACAGGUGCAAAUCUGAGAGCGUGUUUUAACUCGACACAUUUUCUCACACACGUGUACAGUCAGGCGUGUUGAUUUUCAGUUUCAGAAUCUCUGACUCUUGUUGACUCCUCAUCAGAACCGGAUUGAUUUAACUGCGAGUGGGUCCCUGCUUCAACCCUGUAACAGUCUGCCAACUAGAGGUGUGUUGGUUCCAACACAUGCAGUCAGUUGAGGGCCAGGUGACACCGGUAGAGCGCCCCCAAGUGGUCAGGAUUGCAGUACUCACUCUGCCAGUACUGUCCUUAAAAUUGGAGCCAGGAAAAACGGCUGUUGGCUCUCGCAGUAGCGUCUAUGAUGUGAAAGUUCAGGGAAUGGGUCCGUCACAGGAGGAACUGCUCUCUCAACCUCAAGGGGCUGCUGGGUCAAAUCCUGGUGUAGACAAUGGCGUCCAAACAUCUGUGGAUCCGCUCGCAGCCGCGUCACACUUUGCUUCGUUUGGAGCGACUCUCGGACACGUGAGCAGCUCGCUUGUUACGAUGGUGCGGGAACGUCGGCAUCAGCUCCGGCUCACAAGCUGCGCACGCACGCACACACACACACACACACCAUGGAUCAGCAGGUGUGGUGGAGAAACAGCAACACCUGUGAGCUUCAGUAUUUGACUCACGCAGUGGUUUCUCUUUGAAGUAAGAACUCUCCAAGCAAUCUUUGGCCGACGCUCUGAAACACACACACACACAGUCAUGAGUGUGUUGUCAGUGAGGAGCUUUGUAGGAUUCAGAAGAAUACGUUUAUAGUAUGAGCUGAAGGGAAGCUGUGUGGAGCCUGUGUGUCCACCACUGCGGGUACCUGCGCUGGGGAUUGUACAUGAAGAGCAGGUUGAGCAGUCUGUGCCCAGCAUCAGAGAGCCAGAUGAACUUAUUCUUCAGGUUGUUGUACGGCUGUUUCCUCAGACUGUACUGGCCGAUGAGAGGCAGCUGGGAGAAGCCCUGACACACACACACACACACACACACACACACACACAGGAUCACUCUCCUGGUGAGGAGCAGAGAACAGACUCGGCAGCUCUCACCGGCCAGAUGUUUUCGUUGGGCGUCCCCAGCAGCUGGACGAUCAGGUCCACCUGCUGGAUCUCGGAGGUUCCGGGCAGAAGAGGUUUGUGGGCCAGCAGCUCCGCCAGGAUGCAGCCCACCGCCCUGUCGGCACAGACGUUAGACAGACUGACCUCUGAGUGACCCGGGGAGUGCGCUCUCACCACAUGUCCAGCGCUGUCGUCUGAGUCUUGGACCCCAGAAGCAGCUCAGGAGCUCUGUACCUGAGGAGACACUCAGUUGAAGCCCUCUAAAUUCGAACGUGGCAGUGCCACCUGUCGGGCGUCACACAUGCAGCUGGUAGGAGAUUUAACCAGCAGGUCAUGCAGGAGAUUAGGAAGAAGAUUACGUGCACUUUUCCACUGAGGCAGCAGCUUCACUGAGAGACGGAGGGAGACACGGCACUCACCACAGCGUCACCACUCUGGGCGUCAUGGGCUGCUGCGGGAUCCCGUACGUCCGAGCCAAACCAAAGUCAGCUGCCAGUGAGGAGAGGGCAGCAGGACAUUGACUGGUGACUUGUCAAGUCUUAAACAGUUUCUUGUUGAACAGUGAAAAAGAACUUGACUUAAAUCUUGAGGGACAGAUCUGUUUCUCUUCUGGUGAGGACAGAACAAGGAAAGAAAUUGUACUUUUUUUCCCUCAUCUUUACUAAUUCUAACAGUUUCUUUAGCCAUCUAUUUUCUUUUCGCCUUGUCUUUUGAGUAAUACUCAUUUCAACAGUGUGUCCCCGAAAUAAAUAAACUAUAACGGCAGAAUUAUCCAUUGUUGCCCUAGAUACAAGAUCUUUGAAUAUUUAUAGUUUAAUAUUGAUAAUAUUUAGCUAAAGAAACGAAAUUCAAUUAAAGUAGCAGUAAACUAGGAAUGUCACUGAUGUCCAUGUCACCACUUUUGUCACAGUACACAACUCGGCCCCAUGGGACAUUAAUGUCCUAAUGAACAGUCAAGGCCCACUUGGUCUUCAGACUCUGUGGAGGAACCUCUUUCUCAUGCCUGAGAUGUUCUGUUCUUUAGGUCCAUGUCCUCUGGAUUUCCCUGCACCCAAAUCCGGGACAUGCAACUCCAUACUGUGGUCACCUAGGGGGCACCUUGUGGACCCUUCCACCCCGAGAGCCAAAUCAGUUGUUGGGCCACACACCUUCCUGAGUGAAUCUUAAGUCUCUGGAGUGUUGCUCACAGCUCAAGCUAAAGUCAGGUCUGCCUCCUCCUCCUCCUCAGUUUGCCAAAUCCUAAGUCAAGUUCUCGAUAUUGCUAUAAAGUUUCCACAGGGAAGAGGCCAUUCAAAAGCACUUACCGAUCUUGACACAACCUUUGUCUGUCAUGAGAAGAUUUGACACCUUCAGGUCUCUGAGGAGACAAAUUUAACACACCAGUUUGGUUCCAUUCUCAUAAGCAGUAGGUCCAACCUUCAUCACUGGUGAAGGUGCGACUCCUCACCUGUGAACGAUGAAGUUGUGAUGCAGAUACUGAAGACCUCGCAGCAGCUGGAUGAUGAUACACUUGACCUGGAAGCAAGACACGGUGACCACCGGUCCAAGAACGUGGCGUGACGAUCGUCAGCCAGGUGAGUCGUGAUGUACCUGGGCUUCAGAGAAGGGCGUCUGCAUGUUCUCCAGCAGACUGGCCAGGUCUUGCUCACAGUAGCUCAUCACCAGGAACAGACUGAACAAGAGGUGGGUGAGUGAAGGGCCUGCAGGACUGGACCGUGCAGGCAGGAUACCUCUCCAGUUGGGUGCCCACCACCACCUCCUUCAGCUCCACGAUGUUGGGGUGUCUGAGCUUCAGCAGUAAGGUGAUUUCUCUCAGGCUGCUGAUGGGGAUCCCUGAAACACACGAGAGGAGGGGGCUUCACCUGGGACUCUUGGUGCAGCGGUCGUGCUAAGCUCAUGUACCAUCUUUCUCUUUGUCCAUGCGGACCUUCUUCAGCGCAACUAUCUCGUCGCUCUUGGUGUCUCGAGCUCGAUCUGCGGAGAGAGAGACUGAUGUGAAAGUGUUCGGUUCCAAACUGAAGCAGCGAAACACUCACACACGAUGCCGUAGGUUCCUUCUCCGAUGCGGUUGAGCUUCUCAAACUCUCGGACACUUCGACAGCUUCCAAACUGAGGACACGUUUUUAAUAGAGACGGAUGAAUACCGCAGCAUUUACUGAAAACGAUUGUCUUGUCAUCGCGCUAGUGCUGACUGUCGUCAACACAACAACAAAGCUGCAUCGCUACAGUUAUCGACAUUAAUGCCGAAUGAAAGUUCGCUGACUCGCCAGUGGUAACACAUGAUAGCAACUCCCUCCUUCGUAAACAGCGUGUGUUCUCAGCAGAAGACGUUUCACUGUCGUUUUUCUUAACGGAGUUCUGCAGCCGCUUACUCUGUCGCUCGGAGGCACCGUGAACGUUAUGUUCUUGAUGGAUUUGAGCUUGAUGGGCUCAGGUUCGUCCUCGACAGGCGCCUCCAUGGUGAAACCUAGAAGUGAUUCACAAAGCCAGAAAAUAUUUACGCAGAAACGCAGGACAGAAACGUCCGGGAGGUCGCCAUGUUUUGAUGACGUCAGUGCGGUGGCUGUACACGACUAUACCGGAGAAGAGUCAUCCCUUCCGCUUAGUAAUUCUUCAUAAAUAUUAUUAUUGUGGGGUUAAAUACAGUUAAUAAUUAAUUUCAGGUUCAGCAAACCCUUGUAUGUUUUUAAUCAGUGAACUGAUUGUUUUUAAAGGGAUUCGCUCAGUAAUGAUUGAUGUUUAUUUUUAUGCUUCUAUAUUUUACAGUUAAUAUUUUAAUUGUUGCAUUUCUUCUUUUUGCCUGGUAUAAUUUACGUUAAAAGUCAUUUCAGUUGCAAAAGUUGCUUUCGUAGAUGUAUGAAAAUGUAUUUAAAUCUAUUUCAAAGUAACAAAUGACAGCAAAAAUAACAAAGAAUAAAUCAUAAUUUCAGUCCUGAUAAAGGAGCAUAUUUCGUGUUAAAAUCUAGUCCGUAUCAUUUCAUCCACUAAUCUACGGUCUGGUCGGGGGGGCAGCAGCCCUGUGAAGAGGCCCAGACCACCGAAGCUACUCCAUCUCCUCCCAGUUGGACCUAUCAGCACCAUCAUGCCAGGAAAAC